AAAAAAUGUUCGUCGUAGUAAAGGAGGGAACAGUUUGUUGCCUUUUCAUUCAGGGUGUUGCACGCUGGUGAAGGGCGGUAGAGGAGAGACAGUGGGUGUUGACCAAGGCAACGAUGUUUCUUUCAUCGCGCUGGUUUUUGGCGCUGCUCAUGCUAUUCACAGCUGCUAGGGUAGGGUAUGGCGGAUUCGAAGGUUCUCGCUGCCUUGACGAUCCGUCGAUGUUAUGUCACUGCGGUAAUAUGACGUUUCCGAUCGGGCUCUCCGCGCAGCUUUUGUAUGCGUGGAGCUGUACCGGGGCGUUCAGCCAGCGGCCGAACUUCACUUUGCCCGUUCCGGUCGGAGGGAACACAACCGUGCAAGCACUGCUCGUCUCAAAUUUGGGAUUAACCCAGCUCCAAUUUGGUGACUUCCAGACAACUCCUGAUCUGAUUUUCCUCGAUGCGUCCAAUAACGCUAUAGCUACAAUCAAAGGAGGGACCUUCCAGAACCUCGUCCAUUUGGGCCGACUAGACUUGGCAAUGAACCGAAUAGUAAUGUUGCAGACUGGAGCAUUCCGAGGUUUGGCAGCUCUCCAAGCUCUCGUUCUGACUGGGAACAGCAUUUUCACGCUACCAAGUGAUAUAUUCAGCGGUCUGACAAGCCUGGAGAAGAUAUAUUUGGACAACUGUCAACUGUUGUCACUUCACUCCGAUCUCUUCUUCAAUACCACCAGACUGGAAUACAUAACUACUGCUCACAAUAACCUGACGAACAUGGAUUUAGGCAUGCUUCGAUUCACCGCUGUCACGUGGGUAGAGGCGCAGUAUAACCGGAUCGCUAACAUUGCAACUGGAGGCUUUCCGCACCUGCAGAGUAUAGUCGGUCUCAACCUGCAAUACAAUCAACUCAGCGUGCUGCCGUCGGACAUCAGCCAAAGCCUCUCUUUGAAAGUUGCAAAACCAAGCAUAAACUUGGAUAACAAUCCAUGGAACUGUGCUUGCUCAGCAGCGUUCUUGGCACUUCGAGACUUGCUGAAUCGUCUCAACAGCACAACAGAACCCCAGUGCAGCCAGCCUGCCAACUUGACCGCGUUGACGGUGAAGUCAUUCCCUAUUGCUUCGGAUGCCAGUACUACCAAUUGUGGUUGCCAGGCCAGCUGUCCUGCCCCGCUGAGCCUGGGCUGCGAUCCACGCUCGCUGACGUGCAUCUGCGCGAGCAACGCCCAGGGAGGGCAAUGCCAGCAGUGCACUGACGGCUUCUACAACGCCAGUGCCGGCUGCCUGCCGUGCGGCUGUAACGUCCCGGUCGGAAGCAGGUCGGUUGUGUGCGACAAAGUAAGCGGCAAGUGCCCGUGCUACAGGAGGUACGACGGUAGGGACUGCAUGCAAUGCGCCGACUUCUACCACAAAGAGAAGAGCGGAUUCUGCACCCCGUGUAACUGCAACCCUCAACAGGCGUCCGGCUGUGAGCCAGCCACGGGAGCGUGUUCCUGUCUGCCUGGCUACAAAGGGGCGAUGUGCAAUGCCUGUGCCGACGGGUUUUUCACGCGGCUGCCGCCCACAUUUAGCGACGACCGGCCUGGACUCGAGUGCAAUGCCUGCAACUGCACUCAGGCUGGUUCCAGUGCUGUCAGCUGCGAUCGAAAUGGCACCUGCCGCUGCCUGGCUGGCACUACGGGUGUGCGGUGUGACACGUGCAAGCCGGGGUAUUUCAAGCAAUCGAAUCUCACGUCUCUGAGAUCGGCGGUGUUCACCUCUCUAAGCUCAUUCCUGGGCACAACACUGCUACAGCAACAGUGCAGUGGCCUACUACCGGACUCCAAUCUGUGUCAAGAGUGCUGCUGCAAUCCGUUCUCGUCGCACAACAGCACGUGCGACGGCUCCGGGCAAUGCUACUGUUACCCAGGUUACGGGGGCAAGACGUGCAGCCUGUGCGCGCAGAACUACACGGCGUACACGGAUACGAACGGCACGUACUGCGUUCCAGACGAGCUUAUCAGCAGCUAUGUCGCUUGUCCGCGCAGCUUCUACCCAAUCCUGGGCAUCUACUGGCCCACGACUGUUGCCGGGCUCGUGUCUGUGGCAAACUGUCCACAAGGCUUUUCUGGCAACAUGACCAGAAACUGUUCGGCUGAUGGCGUCUGGAGUGAACCGAACGUGGAUAGGUGUGUUUCCGUGGGCUUCUUCACGGUAGCAGAGCUAGUCAACACUCUCGUCGAUUCGGGCCGAAAUCAAACUCUCAACGCCACGGCAAAAAGUUACCUGGCUCUGUCAGUGCUCCACCGCCUGUCCAAUGCUACCGGAGCAGGCAGUGCCCUGUUCGACUACCUAGUUCCGGGUGACAUCAGGGUUGCAACUGAUACUCUGAAACAGCUCACCCAGCAGGAGAACGUCAUGAACAAUGACACGCGAGAGGACUUUGCUCAGUCGUACGUGCGAACAGUCAGCAACCUCCUGGACUCGCGUAACAUUGACAGUUGGCAAGCGGCAGAGUCAAGCCAAGCACCCACCCUACUGGAGUCUACCAGCGACUUUGCUCUGUACACUGCGCAAGCCAGCAACCUAUCACUGUCAGUCUAUGUAGAGCCAAACAUUGCAAUGCAAGUGUCUGUGCAGAGAUCGGCGGACACUCGAGAUGUCGUCUUCCCCGACUACUCCAACCCUGUCCUGGGGCGAUUUUCAACAAACGGUCAAAGCCAGCUGUCCAACAUCAAAGUGCCGGCCGGUGCUAUAAAAACAUUACAGGAGAGAUCCGGAUACGAUGCCUUGCCCGUGGCCAGCGUGAUCUACAACAACUUGAACGAGUUCUACCCGUUGACAGUGGAGAGUCAAGACGGUGAUGGCGAGAGGAAGGUUCUGAACACGGUGAUAAUAACCACGCGUAUUGGAGUGGUGGGUGUGGAUACCAGUGGACUUCAGGAGGAUCCGGUCACAAUCACUCUGCGCCACGAGAAUAGCACUCUCACCAAGUCCCCUGAAUGUGUUUUCUGGAACUUCUCACAAAGUGCUUGGGAUGGUGAUGGCCUGGUCAGAGUCAGUACUGAGGAGCAGGCUACCGUCUGCCAGAGCAACCACCUGACUAGCUUUGCUGUGCUCGUGUCACCAACCGGUGGGCCUACUGGUGCCCAUGACGUGACUCUUAGCUAUAUCACCUACAUUGGAUGUGGUAUCUCACUGGCCUGUUUGGUCGUGAUGAUUGUCAUUCUGUUCACUCUUAGAAAAGAGACCCUGAAGACCUCGUCUGCUCGCCACUCGCAGAACAUCAUCCAUCUGAACCUGGCCAUCACGCUUGCAUGCGCGCAGAUCACGUUCAUAGCCGGCAUCACCAGCACCGAGAACCGGGUGACAUGCGGAGUAGUGGCGGGACUCCUGCAGUAUUUCUAUACGGUGGCGUUUGCCUGGAUGGCUGUGGAAGGCUAUCACCUGUACCUCAUGACGGAGCGCGUGUUCAAGAGCAGAGAAAACCAACUCAAGAUCUACAUCCCUGUAGCCUGGGGCAUACCAUUGAUCAAUGUUGGUAUCUCAGCUGGUGUUCGUUAUGAGGACUACGGCACGAAAGACUACUGUUGGCUUUCGAUUGAGAACGGCACAAUCUGGGCCUUUCUGGGACCUGUCUGUGGAAUUAUUCUGUUCAACACGAUAGUCUUCUUUAACACGCUGCGUGUACUCGUCGGGCGUGUCAAGGACAAGGGAUCCCUAAAAGCAGUCAAGACUGGUCUUCGUGCCAUGGUUCUGCUUUUGCCUCUCCUUGGACUGACAUGGGUGUUUGGCCUGUUUGCUGUCAGCGAGGGCACCGUGGCUUUUGCCUAUCUGUUCACCAUAUUCAAUUCACUGCAGGGCGCAUGCUUGUUCCUGUUACAUGUGGUUCUGAACAAAAAGGUACGAGAGUCAUACGGCGCUACUGUGAAGAAGUCCACUCUAUUCAAGAUGACGUCCCGCAGCUCUAUCAGUCCAGAGCCCCGGAAGAUCAGCACCCAGAGCGUGCAAAGCUCGCAGGACCUCCUAUCGACCACUCAGAAAUCAACUCCGUCUCAGAGUGUUCACUCCAUGGACGCAUCAAUAUCAGAGAACACAGAGAAGCCACAGCUGUACUUGGCCUCGGAAACCGAGGAACUGACAAAUCAAACAUAGCUACCUGCUUGAUAUGGCGGAAAAAUGGAAGUGAUGAAUAGCUAUCCAAUUAUCUAUAUCACAAUGUCCACUUCCAUGGUACUUUGACGAACUCUGGCCUGGAGAAUGCACUGGAUUCAUUCUCUAUCAAUGCCAGAGGGAUAUGACUAUAUUUUUAGAACGGGUUUAGUUAGAUACAUCGUGUCUAUUUAGUGGCACUCUUUUUGCUGUCUUUAUCACAACACAAGACAUUUUGGGAUACAUCUCUUGAAAUAUGAUUAGAUAGAUAUUAUUUAACUGCAUCACCUGAAGCAAUAUCCAAAGCCGUCCAUAGUUUUACAACCUAGCCCCGACUCUGUCUAUACUGUCCAUGACCGGUGGUCACAUGGGACCUCUUCUUGGCAUUGCAAUUCGCUUCUCCAACACGUUUUUUUAUCAACAUGACUUUGCUUCAGCAGGCAAUCUGAUUGCAUUGACUUAGGCUGUUGCAGUACAUGUAUCUGCAUGCAGAAAAAAACACAAUGUGUGUUGUCCUAGAGACCAUGAUACUCGCCCAAUGCCGUUGACAUCUGUAGCAUCUAUAGCUCUAAUUACACUGUACAUAUUUGCGGAAGGGUUUGCCGGGUGCUAGCGGCCGUCGUGAGUUUCCCUUUGGGAACGGACACGAUAAUUUACUUUUUUCAUUUCUCUAUUUGCAGUAGUAACUACUUCGAGUUUACACAACAUGAUAUGCUGGAACACUUGUUACUUUUGUACUCUUACUUGAGCUUCAAUUACAUGUACUAGAAUGACUUCAGAAGUUCAACUUCAUUCUGGCCUGUACAUGUGCGGUUUUCUUGUACAGCAAAGUGUAUGGACAAUAGUAUUUUAACUACUUGCCUCGAUGGCUCGGCUUA